AUGGCGCGCUUCAGAGCCAGCAAUAUUCUUGGCGACCCGUUCGCGCUCGCUACUACGUCCAUCUCCGUCUUAGCAUGGUUGAUCGCAUUCAUCUCUUCGAUAAUCACCAAAAUCCAUGGCGCCUAUCCCACUUAUUCGUGGUGGGCCGUGGCAUACGGAUUUUGCAUCAUUGUGGGGAUGGCCGUCGUGUUUGGAACGGAUACUGGCGUUGUUUAUAAUAUCGCGAUUGUGGGUUACCUAUCCGCUGGUCUAGUCAUCUCCACGAUCUCGGUAAACUCGCUUGUUUAUGAGAGUGAUGCCGCUGCGCAAGCUGCAGGUGCAGGAUUUAUUCUCCUGUCCAUGGUGAUUAUUAUUUGGAUUUUCUACUUUGGAUCGAGCCCCCAAGCUUCUCAUCGCGGGUUCAUCGAUUCGUUCGCUCUUCAGAAGGAAGGCGCCGGCUCCUACGCCAACAGCAGACCCAUGUCAACUGCAUUCGGGACCCGACCCGAAACAACUUCAAGCCAGCUACCUCAGAUGUACACUUCUGCUCAGCUCAAUGGCUUCGAAACCUCAUCCCCUGUCUCAGGCUACCACGGUGGAGCCCCCGGAUCGGAACACCGUACCUCCCAGCCCCGCUUCGGCAACCCGUCAGCAACGAAUCUUGCCCCGCCCGGCAGUGGUGUGCCCCCGGAUGAAGUUCCGCAACCCACCGAAUAUCCGUACCGCGCGAAGGCAAUUUAUUCUUACGAGGCCAAUCCAGAGGAUGCCAACGAGAUCAGCUUCUCCAAACACGAAAUUUUAGAGGUAUCGGAUGUGAGUGGGAGAUGGUGGCAGGCCAGAAAAGCCAAUGGAGACACCGGCAUUGCUCCAUCCAACUAUUUGAUCUUGCUGUGA